AUGUCGAGACACAGAAUCGUUCGUACUAUGAACUACGAGGAUGAGUAUUAUGAUGAUGAUGAAGAGUAUUCUCAUUCCGUGGAUGACAGUUAUUGCAUCUCGCCAUCAACUGCUGCACAGUUCACAUGGAGCCGGGAGAAGAAUGUCAACUUUGCUGCAUACAUAGGAGAAGGGGAGGUGAUCAAUGAGGAGGAGGAAGAAGCAGAGGAAAAAGGCUCCACACAACGACAUGAUAGUGAUUCAGCAGAUAACACAAGACUGCAGCUUUCAGACCUGGAACUAGCUCAGCUGAACAGCUGUCUGGAGGAGGCACGUAACAUCCUGGGCGAGUCUGUGCCCGAGUCUGUCAUGUCGGACGUAAUCAUACAGAAUCAGUUUAACCUUGAAGCUUCAGUCAACCAGUUAUUGUGUCAGCAAGAUGCCCCCAAGCCUCAGCGAGAGCCCAGGCAGAGAAGAAAUCGUUCACAGGCUUCCACAACUCCAGUGAAGACAGAGAGUGACAGUUCAGUAAACACAGUUCAGGACUUUACAGUUUCUCACAGGAAAGCCACAACAGGCCCCCCUGCACUUGUGACCCCUUCUAAGUCCACCUCAAAGGCCACCAUUGGCUUCAAGACGGAUGAAAUCCAGAAGUCAACGCCUCCAUCAUCUCCGGCCGGCUCCAGGAAAUCUGGACUUAAACUCAAAGUACAAAAUGAUUGUACUUCUGCUGCAUCAUCCCCAGCUAAAGAUUCCAGGAAGGCUUCUGUAAAAAGUCUGUCAGCACACUCUGGUCUUGCAGACACAGACAGUGCAUCUUCAACAAAGACUGUGACAGUUUCAGAGGAAAAUGGGAGUUCAACUAGUGCAAUAGACUCCAGCUUAAGAAAUGCAGUGGAAUUCAUGGGACUUGAGGGAGAUCAGGAGACUAUUCAGACUUCAGUUGAUUCUAUGAAACCUGUGGCUCCUCUGCCAAAAUCUAAGUUAAAGAGCUCCAAGAUUGAUGUGACGAGUGAGUACUCCAGACGACACGGCGAUAAGGAACUACUCAACCUGGUUGUUAUAGGUCAUGUGGAUGCGGGCAAGAGUACGCUGAUGGGUCAUGUCUUGUACCAACUGGGCACAGUCAACAAGAAAACAAUGCAUAAAUACGAGCAGGAAUCCAAGAAACUGGGCAAAAGUUCCUUCGCUUUUGCUUGGGUGUUGGAUGAGACUGAUGAAGAAAGAGCUAGAGGGGUUACUAUGGAUGUCGCACAAACUAGGUUUGAAACCGAGAAGAAGAUUGUCACUCUGCUGGAUGCUCCAGGACACAAGGAUUUUAUUCCAAAUAUGAUUACAGGUGCAUCGCAGGCUGAUGUGGCCAUUCUUGUGAUCAAUGCAACGAAGGGAGAGUUUGAGACAGGCUUUGAUGCUGGGGGUCAGACCAGGGAACACGCUCUCCUGGCCAGGUCUUUAGGAGUAGGUCAGGUUAUUGUAGCUGUUAACAAAAUGGACACAGUGGACUGGGCAGAGGAGAGGUACCAGUUGAUCGUGAAAAAGAUUGGUCAGUUCCUGACCAAACAAGCCGGCUUCAAGGAGUCUGACAUCUUCUUUAUUCCGUGCAGUGGGCUGACUGGAGAGAACCUGACCAAACCUCCGACAGAUCCCUGUCUCACCUCCUGGUAUACCUCUGGGAUCACACUUGUCAAACAGAUCGAUGACCUCAAGCCACCAACAAGACCAAUAGACAAACCGUUCCGCUUGAAUGUCUCUGACGUGUUUAAGGGUGUGGGUACGGGUUUCAAUGUAGCAGGACGAGUCGGGUCUGGCUAUGUGCAGCCAGGAGAUAAAGUUAUUAUUAUGCCAGCCGGAGUUACAGCCAAUAUUAAAAAUGUGUUCAUAGAUGACCAGCCAGUGACCCUGGCAUUUGCUGGAGACCAUGUUAACCUUACCUUGAGCGGAGUGGACAUGGUCAAUGUUAAUAUUGGAAGCUGCCUGUGUGACCCAGCUUCUCCGGCCAGGAGUGCUACAAGAAUCAGAGCAAAGAUCGCCAUUUUCAAUAUCGAUACUCCAAUAACCAAAGGAUUUCCUGUGGUGUUUCACUAUCAGGCAAUAAACGAGCCAGCUGUAAUCAAGCGGUUGUUGUCACAGCUGAACAGGGCAACCGGGGAAGUCAUCAAGAAGAGGCCAAGAUGUUUGGUGAAGAACACCAGUGCCAUUGUGGAGAUAGAGCUGGAAAGAUCCAUGUGUUUGGAGCUGUACACUGAGUUCAAAGAUCUGGGCAGGUUUAUGCUGCGGAGUGGAGGCCACACCAUUGCUGCUGGACUUGUUGAAGAGUUGCUGCAGACGAAGGCAGUUCUGAAUGGAGCAAGCUGA